AUGGCAAUUGCUCCCAGAUACGCCAAGUCCCACGUCUACAACGGCCCUGCCGGCCUCUCGGGCGGCCUCAGACACACCGUCCAGCUGUACCUGGACUACAACUGUCCCUUCUCGGGCAAGCUGUUCCGCAAAAUCACCGGUGACGUCAUUCCGUUGCUGGAGAAAAAGAACCUGCUCGACAAGUUCAGCUUCGUCUUCAUGAACGUGAUCCAGCCGUGGCACUACGUCGGCUCCGGCGCGUACCACGAGGUGGCUCUUGCCGUCGCCAAGGUGUACCCGGAGCAGUUCUGGCAGUUUUCCGGCGUGCUCUGGGACAACAUCAUGACGGACUCUCUUUCGUACGAGAAGACCAAGAAGCAGGUUCUGGCCACGGCGAUCGACCUCGCCGCACAGCACCUCGACCACGUCGAGCCAGCAAAGCUGUGGGAGCAGGUCGCCGUCCCGGAGGGCGGCCAGAACCAGCUGCAGAACGACAUCAAGUACUUCACCAGAUACCACCGCACGGUGGGCGUGCACGUGACGCCGACCGUUUUUGUCGACGGCAUGGUCGUGGGCAGCAUCGAGAGCUCGACGCAGCCGGAGAAAAUCUCCUUCGAGCUGAAAACACCUCCGCACUCGGUCGUCAGACACGGCCCCGUCAAGUCCCACGACACGCGCUCCGCCCUCCGAACAAACGGCCUGCUGUCGCCAGAGUUCUCGUCGCCGCAGGUGACCCGCGGCGCGGACGACGACUACGACGACGACGACGAGUACGACGAGCCCGGCUUCUCCAGAAAACGCAAGCUGCACUCGUCUCCGCCGCCGCCGCCCAAGUUUGCGCAGCCCGAGGGUGCCGCAAAAAGCCGCGCCCCGAACAAGACCAGACGGCUCAAGGGCCCGCAGAACAUCGAGAUACCGGACCCGGAGGACAUGCCGCCCGUGACCUUCGACUCGCACGAGAAACCGCCAUUUUCGUACGCCUCUCUGAUCGGCAUGGCCAUUCUGCGCGCGCCGGGCCGCAAACUCACGCUGUCGCAAAUAUACCAGUGGAUCUCGGAUAACUUCAAGUACUACAAGAAAGGCGAGGUGGGCUGGCAGAACUCCAUCCGCCACAACCUCUCGCUCAACAAGUCGUUCGCCAAGACAGAGAAGUCCAAGGACGGCAAGGGCCACUUCUGGAAGAUUGUGGACGGGUACGAGUACCAGUUUUGCAAUAUCAAGAAUUUCGAAAAAAUGAUGGCUGCCGGGAAACUCAAGCGCUCGAGAGACUCCCACCCGCAGCCGGCCGCCAAGUCGCUAUCGUACACGCCGCAGACGUCGCACCGUCACCCGCAGUCGCCCGAGCUGCCACUCAAACGGGCCAACACCGACCCGUACCACGUGGACUUCGACCGACAACACCCCGCUGGUCCUCUGGGCUCCAUCCCCGAGCUCGUGGCCCCGUCGUCCUCGUGGAAGGCUGCGGCCGCGGGAGAGCAUAUCGUCUUCAAAGAGACCCAGAUGUCGCCCGAACAGUCUUUCCUGCAGGAGUCGCCCGGCGGGCCCAUCUUCGCGGCCCGCUCGCUGCCGUUCACGUCCUCAUUCAGCUGCAAGUCCACGCUCGAGCUCUCUCCAAUCAAGUCCGGCGAAACAGGACCCUUGCUCGAACCGCUCACGCCCAAACAGAACAGCUCGCUCAACACGUUGCAGAAGUCGCAGUAUCAGUACGACCAGCUUCUGCUGUCGAAGUUCCGGUCGCCCACGAGCGUGCUCAAGACGCCCAACCUGUCGGCCUCCAAAAAGCUCUGGACCUCGCCGUCCUAUCUCGACGACUUCUAUACCUCGCCCAGCACCGGCCGCGGAGCAGACGAGGACGCCGUAUACGGCUCGCCCCUGGCGCCGGUCAAGAAACGCAAGACCGGUUCCUCCUCGCGGUACUCUGCGAACGAGAUCUUCGGCAUCGACAUCUGCAAGAUCCACCACGACGAUUGA